GUGUGAAAGCAUGGACUCUGUGGACUAAAGAGAGCUUGACUCAUCAGUCAGCCUGCUCCGGAGAGUCGCGUUGAAGAAGCAGAAACCUCUUUUUUAAAGCCUCUUUUGUUUGGAUUUCUUCAAUCAUGUGGCUUUAUAGCUUCUUCCUCAGUUUUGACCUAAAAAGCUUGCUGCUGUUUGCUGUGCUUUUCCUGCUGAUCGCAGAUUACCUGAAAAACAGGAAGCCACACAACUACCCUCCUGGACCUCUGGCUCUUCCCAUUGUGGGGAACAUACUGAGCAUGGACAGCAAACAUCCACAUGUUUAUUUUACCAAGUUGGCCAAAGAGUAUGGGAAUGUCUUCAGUGUCCGUCUUGGCAGUGAAAAGAUGGUGUUUGUUUGCGGAUACAAGAUGGUGAAGGAAGCCAUCGUGUCCCAAGCAGAUAAUUUUGUGGACCGGCCACACAGUGCACUGGCUGAGAGAGUUUACUCAGGAACUGAAGAUGGUUUGUUUGUGAGCAGUGGGGAGAAAUGGAAGAGACAGCGACGCUUUGCCUUGUCUACCCUGCGCUCCUUCGGCCUGGGCAAAAACAACAUGGAGCAGUGCAUCUGUGAGGAGCUGCGAGUCCUGCAGGAAGAGAUUGAGAAGGAGAAAGGAGGUCUUUUCACACCAGCAGGCCUCUUUAACAACGCUGUGUCCAACAUUAUUUGCCAGUUGGUGAUGGGGAAACGGUUUGACUACUCUGACCACAAUUUCCAGCUCAUGCUGAAGUAUUUAUCAGAGGCUAUUCAGCUUGAGGGAAGCAUCUGGGGUCUGCUCUAUGAUGCAUUACCUGGACUGAUGAAACACCUGCCAGGUCCUCACAACAAUAUUUUCAGUAACUAUGGAACUCUGCUGAACUUUAUUGGUGAGGAGGUGAAGAGGCACAAGCAGGACCUGGACCACAACAAUCCCAGAGACUACAUUGAUGCUUUCAUCAUUGAGAUGAAGAAUCACAAACAGUCUGACCAGGGUUUUUCUGAAGCCAACCUGACUCUGUGCUCUCUGGACCUCUUCCUGGCUGGAACAGAAACAACUUCCACUACUUUGCUAUGGGCUUUGGUUUACCUCAUCAGAAACCCUGAUGUCCAGGUGAAAGUCCAGGAGGAGAUCGAUCGGGUGAUCGGGCAGACCAGACAUCCGACCAUGGCGGACAGACCCAACAUGCCCUACACUGAUGCGGUCAUCCACGAGAUCCAGAGAAUAGGAAACAUCGUCCCUUUGAAUGGGUUGAGGAGAGCAGCUCAGGACACCACACUGGGCGGUUACUACAUACCAAAGGGUACGUCCCUGAUGCCCAUGUUGACCUCGGUGCUGUUUGAUGAGACUCAAUGGGAGACUCCGGACACCUUCAACCCCGGGCACUUCCUGAAUGCUGAGGGCAAGUUUGUCAAACCAGAAGCAUUUCUGCCUUUCUCUGCAGGGAAACGGGUGUGCCUUGGAGAGAGCCUUGCCAAGAUGGAGCUGUUCCUGUUUUUGGUGGGAUUACUGCAGAAGUUCUCCUUCUCUGUUCCUGAUGGAGUAGAACUGAGUACAGAAGGGAUUACUGGAACCACACGUGUACCUCUCCCCUUCAAAGUUAGCGCCAAGAUUCGCUGAAUGACAGAACAUCUAACCAAACCACUUUCUAUAUAAACAAAGGAGAGCUCUAAACUCCAUUUAUAAUUAUGUCCGUAAGACUAAAGUAGAUUAAACUCUGAGCUAAGAUUAUCAACAAACCUUGGGAACAUGAUGAAUAGUUAAAUAAUUUCUUGAACUGUCACAGAAACUUGUUUUUUGUUUGUUUGUUUGUUUGUUUGUUUUGUUUUUUAAACUCAUCAAACCCAUCACAUACCAAUUCCAAUAUAUCAACAGCCUAUAGGGGUCCAUUGUUUUGACUCAAAAUUUCAAUAUUUUAUGGCACCACUGCAUCUGUAAACCAAAGGGAUCAAACAUGACCUGUGGGUCAAGACAGACAAAGUUGGUGGACUGAUUUCAUCUUCACUGUGAUAUGUUUCAUCAUCACUUUGAUAUGUUGCUCAUAUAUCAAUAUAUCAGUUUGUGUAGAUUAUGAUGUUCAUGGUAUCUUUACAGGAUGGUGAUUUUAUACAUAAAUCUAUGUAACAAUCUGUAUUGCAUCUGUGAUUGUUGUCAAUAUUGAUCCUCUGUAAAUUUCCUCUUGUGGGACGAAUAAAGGAUUUUCUGUUCUA